UAUUUUAAGCGGAAAUGCGAUUAUUGGGAGAAACAAGGGGUGCGGACAGACAGUGUCGGUCUAUACACACGACUCACCAAACAGUGGUACGAUUGGGAACGGGAUCUCUACGUCCGGAACGGCAAGUGUUUCGGUGUCUAUGAGUUGGGAAAACCGGUUCUCUAUCUCUCGGAUCCCGAUUUGAUUCGCGAUGUUUUGGUCAAAGAUUUUCAUGAGUUCACUACCGGUGACCCCAUGUUUGAAAACAUGGUUUUCAUGGCGCGGGACUCGGAGUGGAAGCGGAUUCGGGCGGUUAUGUCGCCGACUUUCACGACCGGAAAGCUCGGCAAAAUGACUCCUUUGAUACGGGAAUGCGUCGACACAAUGACCGACAACUUCGACAAACUUAUCGCCAAAAGCGGCGCCAAACUCGCGGCACCGGUAGACGUGAAACCGAUUGCCGGCGCUUUCUCUAUGGAGUCUAUAAUACAAGUGGCGUUUGGCCGCAAAGUGUCGGCUCUGGACGACCCGAAAAAUCCUAUCAUAGAAAAUGCGCGCAAAUUGUUUAGCACUAAUUUCUGGACCAUGGUCAAAUUCACGCUCUUACUUUUUGCCCCAAGUGUGGCAAAAAUGUUGAAUCUAUCGCCGUUUGAUCAAAAGGUUGCGGAAUUUUAUCGCAAUUUUACGCUUAAUCUAAUCGAUGAUAGGAAACGGGAUGAGGGGAACGGGAGUCCCGUAAAAAGGGUGGACUUUUUGCAACUUAUGUUGGAUUCAAUGAAAGAUAAUAAGAAAACUAUUAAUGAUUCGGAAGACUAUACGGACAGUAAAAGUGAUGAGAAGUAUAGGGAAAUACAGCCCACGGAUGAUAUGAUUGAUAAAAGCCUUUCCUACGAUGAGGUCAUAGCCCAAUGUGUGUUGUUUUUUAUGGCCGGGUAUGAGACCACUGCCACCACACUAUCCCUAUGUCUCUACACUAUUGCCAAACACCCGGAAGUGCAGCAAAAGUUAUACCAAGAAAUACAGACAUUUCAUGGAAACAAGAAAUCCGGUGCCGAUUCAUACGAGACAUUAAUGUCAAUGAAAUACUUGGAGGCAGUCAUUGCCGAAACCCAACGCCUAUAUCCCGGAGCCAUAUUCGUCGAACGGGUUGCCAACGAGGACUACGAGCUCAGGGGCACCGGUAUUACCAUCAAAAAGGAUCACAUUGUCCAUAUCCCUAUCUAUGCCAUGCAUAGAGACCCGGAUUACUUCACGGAUCCCGAGUUGUUUAGACCGGAAAGGUUUUUGGCCGAAAACAUAGCCCACAAUCCCUACACGUAUUUGCCGUUCGGCGCCGGCCCUCGAAACUGUCUGGGCAUGCGAUUGGCUCAGUUGGAGAUCAAGUUGGCCCUGGUCAGUCUGGUUCAUCGCUACGUAUUUCAUACCACCGAGAAACCCUUAGAGUUUGGUUUUUCCGGUGGUCUAAAAACGCCGAAAUCAGUGGAACUGAGAGUGGAAAGGCGUUAAUAAUAAUAAUUUAUUGCUAAUUGUUAAUUCAUUGAUGCAAUAGUUUUAUUUAUCAAUUAUCAUUAAGCGGCGUUCGCAACGUACGUACGCAAAAAUUUUGCCAAAAAUCGACCACCCUCCCCACUAGUUGCACAUCGUACACAUAUUAACUACCCCUUCCCUCGUGCGUCCAUACGCUUUAGCAAACAUUCCCUCCCCUCCCCUCCAAAAACGGUAAAUAUUUUAACUAACCGAAUAAUUAGACAGAUAAUCAAUUUAACAAAUUACACAUUGAUCUGAUCAUCUAUGUGUUGAAUAUUUAUUAAAUGACAUGACCCACUCCCCCCAUAGUUGCGUACGUACUUUGCGAACGCCGUCAUUAUGUAUUGCAAAACC